AUGAUAUCAAUCCCGUUUGUUGAGCUAUGGAUUAUGGAACCCUUGUGAUUGUGAAUGUGAAUUUGUUGAACGACGAAGUACGAACGAAUCGUCGCGAAUCACUGCUUUGGUUUGAUAUGCGCUUAUCAUGUCCGCGACGCAAUAUGUUGUUAAUUUUAUAGCUGCAAACCAUGAAACAAACAAGAAAAGCCAAAUCACAUAAAACGACAAAGUGAAACGAUACGAGCUAUCUGCAAAGCUGCUCCAAAGGAUCUGCCGAGCCCGCAUUAUCUGUGAUAUACAGCUCAGCCUCUCGUCCGUCCUAUAAGGGCUGGGCCAAUUGGGGCUAGAGGCGUGUCCGCAGCAGCUUCCAGCGGUGAUCUCACCCUGCCCUCUGCCAUAGAGGCACUAAACACUGCUACCUGCUUUAUUGACUGCAUCACUACAAACCAUUGUUACUUAGUCUUUAAUUGAAACAAUAUGCAAUCUGUGAAAAUAAUUAUAAAUUUAGCUGGAUAUUGUAGAAAAUUAUUCUAUUUAUAAUAAUUGUCUGAUGUCUAAUGUUUCUGUAAUAUUAUGUGUUCCAUGUCUAUUUAAGGAUAAUUGUUACUCCAAUAUUGAUACUGUUACCGAACCAAUGCAAUGUAAUUACUCCACCUCAAUGUUGGUGGUGAUCACAAAUAAAAUUGGUGCUUUUAAGCGAGUCGAAGAGAAGAAUGAAAGUCAGCGAGUUAGUGUAAAAAUGGUAGAUAAUAAUAUUUAUAAUGUAGAAUUUGUUGAUAGUAUCCAACAAAACCAAAUGAUUGGCGGUACGCCUAACUACUGCAUUCCUUUAAUGAUUAACGCCAUAACAGUCCAGGGUAUCUCAUACAGUGACCCGUAUUUCAGUAGCUUUAACUUAAACUAUAAGAUGGCGUCACAAGCGCCAGAGUAUAUGAACAAGUCUGAUUACGCUUUUAAAUCCUCAGUUUGUAUUAUACGAGAUGAACUUUGCAUGAAUAAGACACAAUUACUAAAUGUGAAGUCUGCUCAUGAUAUGUUAUUGAAACCUAAAACUCGAAUGAUUACUUACGACAAGUCUGCAACUAAAUGCCAUGACAAUAAAGUAUUGGACGUUGGUGAAAAACCAACCCAGACACCAGUGUUGAAGACGUUUGAAAAUGGCGAUUUGACCUUUGAUGGUAUGCUGGCUCUGAUCGAAAACGAACAAAGAAUCUUAAAAGAAAUUAAGAAGAGUGAAGAAGCAGAUAGCUGGGGUGUACCCCGUCGCUUGCGUCUGUGUGGCGGCGGUGAAAGCUCUCUUAAUGCUGCUUCUGGCUGGGGAAGCCCACCUACUUCGAAUAAUACUGGUAAUUGGGGUGGUAAUUCCAGUGGCCAAACAAAUAAUGGGACAAAUAAUACUCAACAAUGGAACAACUCACAACGUCCGCCUACAUCUCAAGCUGAUUUGAACAGCAACAAGGGCAAUGGCAAUCAAAUUCCGCCAACCAGCGCGGCAUCUCAAAAUUGGCAAAGCUCUCCUCCAAACAUGCCAAAUUCCCAAUCCAACAAUAACGGUGCGCCUUCGAGCAAUGGUACAAAUAAUGGAAGCAAUGGAAAUGGGAACAAUAUGCCAAAUGCAAAUGGCAAUGCAAAUGGACCCACAGCCAAUGGCAAUAGUGGGAAUAAUACAAAUAACACUUCAUCUGCAAAAAUUGAACAAUUGAAUUCAAUGCGAGAGGCUCUAUUCAGCCAAGAUGGCUGGGGUGGUCAACAUGUAAACCAAGACACAAAUUGGGAGGUACCCGGAUCUCCUGAACCUGGCUCAAAGGUUGACUCAACUGCUAGUGGCCCUCCAGCAUGGAAACCAAAUAUUAAUAAUGGUGCUUUUCUUGGAACUGAUCUCUGGGAGGCUAACUUGAGGAAUGGUGGUCAGCCUCCACCACAGCCAGCAUCAAAGACUCCAUGGGGCCAUACCCCUACUACCAACAUUGGUGGCACAUGGGGCGAAGACGACGAUGCGGCUGAUUCAGCUAAUGUAUGGACUGGGCCGCCACAGCCACAGCAGUGGCCGGGAGGUCCGCCAGCCCACUCUCAGCAGUGGGGAGUACCAAAGAAAGACGAUUGGAAUGCUUGGGGUGAGCCUCACCGACCAGCCGAUCCCAGGCUGGACCCGCACCGCACUCCGGAUCCACGACAACAGCCCGCAGACCUGCGCGGAGGUAUAUCCGGAAGACUCAAUGGUGAUAUGUGGAGCCAACACCAUCAACACACUGCAGCUGCUCCUAAUAAGAUGAUGCCCACUGGUGCAGUUAACCAAUGGGGUGCUCAGGGACCGAAGGACGGUAUCAAAGUGUCGGGUUGGGAAGAGCCAUCUCCGCCGGCUGCGCGGCGCGCAGCGGGUGCCUUCGACGACGGAACCUCCCUGUGGGCGCAGCGCGCCGGCAUGGGCGGCAUGGCCCGCGGCGCCCCGCAGGGCCCGCCGGCCCCCCAGCGCAUCCCCCCGACCCCCACCAAACCCGACGCCGUGUGGGGCACCCACUCGCAGCGCAACGGAUCCUGGGAAGAGCCCCAUGCCGGGUGGCCCGACCGCGACGUUCCCGCCUGGUCCGACACGUCCGGACCCGGCCUCUGGCCCGUGCCAAAACCCAAACCGGCCGGACCCACCGGCGGCUGGCCCGAUGACAUCGCAGAAUGGGGUGGACCUAAACCACCACAGAGUGGCUCUAUUGGCAAACAGUUGACCAAAGAGAUGGUCUGGAAUAGCAAACAGUUCAGAUUCCUCCUCGAGAUGGGCUACAAGAAGGAAGAAGCGGAGGCAGCACUGCGUAGCCGUGACAUGAAUGUAGAAGAGGCCGCAGAGAUGCUGAACGCGGCUCGCGGUGACGGCUGGCGAAGGGACGAGCAUUUCCACCAUGGACCGUUCCAGCCACAACCAAGUGUACCUUCCGUGUCGCCUGCUGUUGUACAGAAGCUGCUUAACCAGCCUCCACCGCAUGCGGUGCAACAUCAUCCCUCUUUCAACCACAAUAGUGGCACUGGUAACAGCGGCCAGCCAAGCACGGCACAGCUCAGGAUGCUCGUGCAGCAAAUACAGAUGGCCGUCUCGGCUGGGUACCUGAACCAUCAGAUAUUAAACCAACCGCUCGCACCGCAGACGCUGGUGUUGCUCAACCAGCUCUUGCAACAGAUAAAAGUGCUGCAGCAGUUGGUGCAACAGCACACGCUGGCUAUAUCGAAGGCCAAUUCGUCUCUCGCGUUGCAGUACUCUAUGCAAAUUACAAAGACAAAACAGCAGAUUACUGCUCUACAAAACCAAAUAGCGACACAACAAGCCCUGUACAUGAAGCAGCAAGCGGGCGGCGCGGAUCUGUUCAAGCAGAGUCAUGAUCCUCUAGCUGGAUUGCCGAAUAACUUCAGCGACAUGAGCAUCGGCAAGGAUUCGCAGGCUGCAUACGGUGGUGGCGGUAACCAACAGUCUCGUCUGAACCAAUGGAAGCUGCCGUCCCUGGACAAGGAGAGCGAAGGGACGGACUUCAGCCGGGCCCCCGGUACGGCCAAGAGCGCUACGAGCCCGCAGCUGAACCAGAUUGGCUUGCAACCUGACUCGACUUGGGGCGUAGGCCGCGGCGCGGAGUGGGGCGAAGGUGCUGAUGUAGCGGACGGCAAGGACUGGCCGGCGCACACGCACCAGCCCGUGUACGAUCUCGUGCCGGAGUUCGAGCCCGGCAAGCCGUGGAAGGGCAACCAAUUAAAGACCGUCGAAGACGAUCCGGCCAUGACGCCCGGAUCCGUGGUCCGAUCUCCACUAUCGUUGACCGCAAUCAAGGACACUGACAUGCUCGGGGGCAAGACUUCGCCCCCGGGCGGUGAGAGGAGCCUCUCCUCGUCUACAUGGAGCUACGCCCCGCCCGUGACGUCAGCGGGAGGCCUGAAGGCUGACGCGUGGGGGGCGAAGGGCCGCGUGGCCCCGCCCGGCCUCAACAAGUGGCCCCAGCAUCACGGAAACAAUGCUCGUACGGUGCCCUCGUGGCAGUCGUCUACGUGGCUGCUCUUGAAGAAUCUUACUGCUCAGAUUGACGGGUCGACUCUGAAGACCCUGUGCGUGCAACACGGGCCGCUGCAGAACUUCCACCUGUACCUCAACCAGGGGCUGGCUCUCGCACGCUACUCGACACGCGAAGAGGCCGCUAAGGCCCAAAUGGCGCUGAACAACUGCGUGCUGAGCAACACGACGAUAUUCGCGGAGUCGCCCGCCGAGUCGGAGGUGCAGCUCAUCCUGCAGCACCUCGGCUCCGGCGGCGGCGGCGCCUGGCGCGCCGGCGGCAAUGCCAAGCAGGACGGGUGGGGCGGGUUCCCCGGGCUGUGGCCCGACCAGCACGAGCAGCGCGCCACGCCGUCGUCGCUGAACUCGUUCCUGCCGCCCGACCUGCUCGGCGGCGAGUCCAUCUAAGCGCCCACCGUAGCACAAACGUAGCGGCCUGCGUAGACUCGCGUCGGCCGCAGCGGAGCGGGUGUCUAGUUGUAAUUACGCUUGGCCGUUCCUCCGGGAGUGGAAUAUUUUUUCGCCUAGUCACGUGGGGCGGGCGGGGUCCCUCGCCCGCCGUAGCCAACUGUCCACAUACUAUCGUCUACUGUUUCGUAAGUGUUCAUCGUAGAGUAUUUACUAUUUAGUGUAUAUAAGAUUGCCGCGCGACACGGGCGCGUGGCUCGCGUGUGACGCGCACGCGGCGUGUCGCCGGUCACCAAAUAUGAGAGUGUAGUGUCGGCGGUAGAGUUAAUGCGUCGCGGGCUACCUCAGUCACUCGUCCCGUGGCCUUAUUUUAGUAUGUAUUUAUUAUUUUGUUGCGUCCGCGGGCUGUUGCUGUUUCGCGCGCGGGCGGUUGCGUUCCGAGUUUUCUUUCGCGUUUUUUUUUUAUUAUUAUUAUUUUCUCGUUUUUAUUCGCUUACCGUGUCGUAUUUUUAUUAUUAUUUAUUCCGUUUCGAAUUCUCGCUCGCGUCGAGCCCUCGUUUUCCAGUAGUGAUAUUUUUAUUGAGCAAUAAAUUUUAAGUGCAUUUCGCCGGUAUGCAAGAUGUUUUAUUAGUUGAUAAAUUUUAUAAGUAAUAGAAAAAAACAAAAAAAGGAUGAGCUAGAAGCGCAUGUGCGAAGCGCCUAGAGGCCGCACGGGGCCGCAUCUUGCCUGGGAGCCGCCGCUCGGCACCGCCGACGCCGUUUCCCCAAAUUUUUUCCAGUAUUUGUGAUUCAAGUGCCACUUUAUGUUUAAAUAAAUAUAUGAAACGAUUAUCUAGAUUAUACGAUUAAUGUAAGGGUAACCUAAUAUAUUAAAUAAUUGAAAAUUGUUUUAUCAUUUUAUAUUACAUACAUUUGUGAGAAGUGUUAUAAAAGUACUAUAAUUGACGGUAAUUUAAAUAUUACACUUUUGUGUAUAGAUAAGUAUAAAGUUCUAACUUAAAUUUAGCCAUAUCAAUAUCUAUUUAAUAAAAGAUUUGUGGUAUUUUCUAUAGGCUCAAUUUGAACGUUAUUCAAAGUGACAUAUGCUUUAGAUAUUCUGUUAAUAAUAUACCUGUAGCGGUAGUCGUGUCGGUAUUACGAUAGUAGACGUAAGCUAACUUAAGUCCUAUAGGUAGGUUCCGAUAAGCGUACUAUUGAUAUUUUACGGCAACGAUUGCACUCGUGAAUGUUCGUUAUCAUAUAAAAGUUUAUUUACAAUUUUUAUUUACUUUUUUAAUUUAUUGAUGGUGUGCCACAGAGAUACUCUGCCAAAAUAUAUCAUUACCAGUAUAUUACGGGAUAAGAUAGGUCGGGCGGCCUCCGAGCGAGCUCGCGUCGCCCGCCCACAGGCUGGCGCACGCCUCGCCGGCUCACGGACACCGGCUGGGACCAGACAUAGAGUGGCCCACACCUUCACCUUCGAACAUUUUUGAGACAAAAAUAAUUUGGGUGGUCAUCAAAAUCUCAAAAAAGCCACUGCAGUAUGUUUAGACUAUUUCUGAGCUCAAAAAUGUCCCGAAAGUUCCGUCGAGGUCGCGUAGACCACUUUAACUCUAGGUUGCUUUGAGCCGCUCUCGAGCCUAUCGCCGAAAUGAGAACAGCCCCUCUAGCCAAGUGGCUUUCUGUUAGCGUAGCGUUCAAUAGAAUAAACUACGAAUGUAUGAGAUUGACGUAGGUUGUAGAUACGUUUAUCUCCAACUUACGUCAAUCUCAUACAUUCAUAAUCUAUUCUAUUAAACUUUACGCUAAUGGGAAGCCACUUGUCUAAAGGCUCUGUCUGUGAUAGCGAAUCGUAACGGCGACUCAAUGGCGCCGGCGGGGCGUGGCCUGCGCGGACCCACCACGCUUGCGAUCGAGCGAUCGACUUCAUAAGCGUAACACUAAUUUUAUUAUCGACGUGUAUCUUGUACUUUGAGCAUCUUCCAGUGAUCUUUAAUAACGAUUAGUGCUAAGUUAGGUGUAAGUAUUCGCUGUACCUUAUCGAGCCCCGCGCUCGGAAACUCUUCACAAAUUUAUAAAAUAAGUUGAGUGGUCGAUGUGUGUUCGUGAGUCUGUCUCGAUAGCGUUCGGACGCGUAGCCGUAGUUAGUGUCGCUGUAUGAUGUGUUCGUUUAGUGACAUCCGUAUUACACGUAACUGGACGGUCAUCCGAAUGCAUUGUAUCGGUUGCAUAUUGAUUUGCCUUUUAGUAUAGCGUUUCGAAUGUUUCUGUAAAAAUAUUUUUUCACGUCUCUACAACGUUUCGUCGGGGAAUAUUUUUACUCAACCGCGAAGGAAGGCACGUAUGCGUGAGCCGAGUGUCGUCUACAGGGGCCAUAAUGACCAUGUCAUCGUGUUUGGUGCCAAAGAAUGAGUAUCAAAGAUAUGUAACGGUGUCUGGAACAAAAUUAUAGCAUUUCCGCUUAGACAUAUCUUCCAAAUUGUUUUGAAAUUAAUUUCGCGGUACGGGUUAUUGAUCUGAUGUUCCUAUACCAUUCGUGUUACGUCUACGCAACAAUAGUGCACGAGAUAACAGGCCAAUGUCAAUUCUAUUGUUGUCGAGCUCAAUUUUUAAGUGAGGGUGUUUCUUUUUAUCGAUUCGAUAGGGUUAACUAAAGUAUAUUUAUUAUUUUUUAUCGUCCGGUGUACUUCUGUCCGCGUACACCGAAAUUGGACGCCUCGAGCGCCGUCGCCUACCCGUUUUAAUAUGAAUUUAAUACAGCAAUAAAUUUGACGAAAAAAAAGGAGAAAAAAUUAAUUUUUAUAAAAAUUUUCGAUUUUAAAUUUAGACAAGCCAAGUCGUAACGAAAGUAUAAUCCAGUGCCCCGUAGCGUAUGCGUCCAUAGAAUAAAGACGGUAGAAGUCGCGCCUUGAAGUUUUUUAGUCAGUUAAACGUAAACAGUACUUAAAUAUCGAGUAAACGUUAUUUAUUGAGACGUAAUAUAGGCGUUAUGGUGUAGCGGUGUUGUCGCCGGUGCGUGCCGCCGGCCGGCUCGGUUGUGAAGCGGCCUCGCGCCGCUAACUGAAUCUCCACUCGAUUCAUGGACUGCGUCAAUAUUUCCUGCACACGAUUGCGCCGCGUGCAAUUUAGUCUGUGUUAUUAUUAUGUUGUUGUAUAUUUAUACCUUACGCGUAUACCGUAAUAUGUAUAUAUUGUGAAAUUAUAUUCUUAAAGAUUUUAAUACGCUUCACGCUUUCACUUCUUACAUUUUCGUGACUCGUUUCUGUUAUCUAGGAUAAAUUUACGUACCUAAUAGUAAUUAUAAUAAUUAUCAUAGAUAUUGAUGUAAGUGAAAAAAAAGUAAAAUAUAAAAAAAGAAAAAAAAAAAGAAAAAUAAAAAAUGAAUAAAAAACCAAUGAUUGUGCCUCAAUGAACUGUGGUACGUUACCGUAACAGAUGGCAGGUUGAAUCGUUUCCUUCAAAGUUAUUAUAAUGAAUUGUGCGCUAGGCACCGCUCGGGCUAGCCGGAGACAAUAUGAGGCUGCGAGCAGUCGCCGACGCCGACGCCUUGUGUAAUCAUUAAUGAGCUUAGCUACGUUUUACUUUUAUUAUAAGUGUUAUGUCAUCAAUCAACAUUAUUAUUAUAUAUAUAUAUAUACCUAUGUGUAAAUAUUUUUAUCUAUUUAUUUUGAUUUUCAUGAAGUUUAAUACCCGAAUUAAUAUUUAAUUCGAUAAGUUGCUUCUUUUAGAUUCACGUCCGUCGUUCGCGCGUAUUACGCGGGCUUCCCGAACCGAUUCCAUAAUACUUAAAUGCCAAAGUAUAUGUCUAAAUGCCAUUAGAUAAUGUCUGUGGAUCUCUGACAUCACAACAAACUAUUGAUCGUACAAAUGGGAGCCAUUUCAUUAAACGACUGCCGGUUUGACGGUUUUCUAUCUAAUCCAAGCUGCUCUGGUUAUUAUUUAAGCUCAAGUAUUCAAAUAGUAGUUUGCUCAUAAUAUUGUUGUUUUAUUUUUAUUAUUUAUGUCUUUAACAUUAUUGUUCCCUUAGAGGAGUAAACUUUUUUAAAUUUAGUAUUGCCAUCUCCAAUGAUUAGUUAUAAUGUUUUAAAUUAAAUGGACCAUUUUAGAAUAAUGCAUCGAGUUGACGACGUAUCCUUAUCGUCUCGUCUCAAUUGCCCGCAAAUACUGUUAUAAUAAAAUUAAUCGUAAACAAUAAUUCCUACUCUGUCUGAUAAAUAGAAAGUUGCGAUAGUGUUAGUUGCCGCUUAUUUUCUUAUGCGAAUAUUUUGAUAUCUCGUGACGUCGCGGACACGAGUCUCACAGGACCGGGGAGACGCUAAAGCAUUUCCAAGCGAACCGAUCUCAGACGCCGUCGUAUUGCACGAGUGCAGUCACACAGCUACAGGGACCAAGUGUACGAAAUCUCAGUUCACCCCGGAACGUACGCUCACCGCCGAUGCAUACUGAAAAGACAUUCUAAUUUUCCAUUUAAAUAUAACUGCAUAAUAUGUGUUGACGUAAUUAGCUGUAUCGACAUAAUCGUAGUGAUAGUGCACAAUAUUCAGGGCCUUUUUAAUUUGAUAAGGGAUAAAGCUUGUUGUCUUUAUUUAUAUAUAUUUUUGUACGUUGUCGUUGACGUCCUGAUACAAUAGAAGCACAUUAGGUGAUAUCUACAAUGAAACUAGUCUUCCUUAUUUAUGAGGGAUCGUGGCGGAGAGG